AAGCCAAUCAGGAGAAAUGCUCAUUUUCAUCUAACCCUGCAAACAAAUCAGAAUGAAGACUAAUAAAGACUGGAUAUAAUCUAACUACUACAUAACUUUGUUCAAGCAAUUCAGGAUGAAUGCUAAAUGCUCAAUAAAUAGGUCUUCUGGAGAAGCACAAAGUCUGCAGUCUCCUUUCAAAUUAAUAACUCACCGCAUUUAUUUCCUUAAUAGAUAACUCAACUGAAGAUAGAAAACAACCCGUUUGCCAAGGGCUUUAGAGGCAGCGAUGACAGCGACCUACGCGUGGCAAGAUUACAGAGCAAAGAGUAUCCAGUGAUCUCCAAAAGCAUAAUGAGGCAGAGGCUGGUGUCAACUCAUGGUCAGCUUUCCACUAAAUCUGACGUCAACUCGCUCCACGGGAGCCACCAGGGUCUCCAGCAUUACCAGUAUGAGAAUGGUGCUCACAUGCAGUUUGCAGCAUCAGAUGCCCAAGACCUGCCCCUCAACACCUUCGCGGCACAAAGAGAAUCGGGGCUCUUCUAUCACUGCCUGAAGCGGCGAGAGGGUACCCGGCAUUUGGAUUUACCCUGCAAACGCUCUUAUCUGGACGCCUCCUCUUCUGUCGGGGAAGAGCACUAUUUUCGGUCACCACCUCCCUAUGACCAGCAAAUGCUGAGCCCCUCCUACUGCAGCGACGUGACGCCGCGGGAGGCGUGCAUGUACUCCAGCUCCGGUGCUGAAAUUGCAGGUGUCUCAUCGGUAGAAGACUUGCCUCCUCCUCCACCUCCUCCACCUUUGAGCUGCAAUAUGUGGACCUCAGUUGCACCUUACACCAGCUACAGUGUUCAGACAAUGGAAACUGUCCCCUACCAGCCCUUCCCUGCUCACUUCACAGCUACCACCAUGAUGCCGCGUCUGCCCACCAUCACGAACCAGAGUUCCCAGCCGCCGGGCAACAGCCCUUUCACAGUCUACAAUCAGCUUUCACAGUCUCAGGCCCGGGAGAGGGUCCCUGCGCCCUCGUUCCCAAGGGAACGGGUGCACCCCUCAGUGUGCGAGAGGAAGCCCCCCUCUCCCCACUUAGGCGCAGCCAAUGAAUUCCUCUACUCUCAGACCUUCUCGCUGUCCAGGGAAUCUUCUUUACCGUAUCAUUCAGGAAUGGGGACUGUGGACAACUGGCCUGAUGGAUGAUUCCUGCAACUGGGCAGUGAACCUAAAAAUUGCGGUUAAGAGUCAAUGCUCCAGGACAAUGUUAAUUCAGUGUUAAUACCUGUGGGUAACUUGCACUUCCGUGACACCGACCAAAAACAUCGGUGUUUGUGUAGCUGAAGAGCUUGUUUUCUGUUAGACACAAAAGCAGCUCAGUCUUGGGGGUGGGGGAGGGGUAAAAACCCAGUUCAAAAAAAAAUAAAGCACUCGGCUCAGUGGCCUGGGCCACCAGUCGUAUUGAGAGUAUUUGCCUCAAAGAGAGAUGUGGUUCCCUCCAUGAAAUCAUGAAACACUUAUUCUCCCUUUUCAAGCACAUGCACGCACACAAAAUAUACACCAGACUGUUCACUGAAUGCCUCCUCAAUUUCCAUGCAUUUUGGAUACUUUACAAAAAACAAUGCAGAGAGCAAGCACACACAAAAAUUGAGCGUGUGACUCAGAAAGCACUUAAGCAGAUUAAAUGUGUAUGCCACUGCCUUCAACCGCAGUAGGGCUUGGCCAAGCUGGUGCAGUCUUGGAAGCUGAAAUCAGCACUGAUCAGGGGAAAGAUUUUUUGGGGGGUUGCCCCCCACCCCAGUUUUUGCAGAUAGAGAAAGCGCUUCUAAAGAACAUCAUUUUCCUCCCAAAGGCACUGGGGGAUCUGUUUAUUUUGGUUUCUUUCAUUGUCUGUUUUCCAAUCUUAAAUUCAGUUCUCCAUUCAGUUCUCCAUAUUUCCACAUCAAUUUCUCUUUUCU